AUGAACACCGAAGGGACGUGUGCGGCCCACUCACAAACGCCUAGUGCAUCAGGCAUAGGAAGCGGGACAGACCUCAGCGUCCACCACAGAGCCUCGGAGACGCUGUGGAGGAAUGGUGUCCAGAGUCUUCUGCUGCCCAGACUGGGCCUGGUCAUCGGGGCUCAGAGGCAUCACGAUGGCCAGCCCUACUGCCACAAGCCCUGCUAUGGAAUACUCUUUGGACCCAAGGGAGUGAACACCGGGGCUGUGGGCAGCUACAUCUAUGACAGGGACCCUGAAGGCCAAGCCCAGCCCUAGGACCGCAGCCCCCUCCAUGGGGCACGGGCCCAUCUGCCUCCUGCUGGACCCUGCCCUGGGGCACACUAUGCUUGGCUGUGUGGGGGAGAUGGACCAGCUGCCCAGUCCCACCCCAGCGUGCCUACCUGAAAGUGCAGGGCCUGCGCGUUGGACAAGGCUGCUGCAGCAGGGGGCAGUCUCCAGACAAGCCCCGAUGCCCACCCCUGUGUCUUUGUUUCUUUGAGUGUGUCUGCCUCUCUCUCUGGAUUCUCCCUGUGUCCCAGCCUAUUUUUUGUGUCCAUGUGCCUACGUGUCCGUGUGUCUGUGUCCAUGUCUCCGUGUCCCCAUGUGUCUGAGUCCUUGCGUUUCUUUGUAUCCCAGCAUUUCUGUGCUGGUCUCCCUGUCCCCGCAUGUCCCUGCGUGUCCCAUGUCCCUGGUGGGUCUCCAAGGUAGCCGUUCCACUUUCCCUCUCCUGCUGCCCCAUGCCUGCCCUACUAGUGUUAUUUAUGCUCCCCUUGCUGGUGACAGCCACACCCCUCACAGUGUCCCCACAGCAGAGGGCAUUCCUGCCAGGAGUCCUCUUCCCGGCUCCCACACCGCCUCGCCAGCACCCGCCCACCAUCCUCACGUGGUUCACUCAACUGAUAAGACUUUUGCAGUCAAUAAAAGGUUUGAAGAUUACAGGA